CGUAUAUAUUACAUUUAAAGAAACGUGGCCAAUUGGAAUUGGAGAUUCUAAAUACGCGUUGUUUGAGCUUUUCACGCCUUCUUUCCCGUUGUAAUUGCGCUGUCAGCAAGUGCUGGUUGCGCGAUCGGGUUGACACUCGGUUCGUUGAUCAGUCUGCUUUUGCCGUUUGUUUGACGAAGUAUCCACUAAUCCAAUAUAGAGCCACACAGCGCCAUUGGAACGUAUGUUGCAACUACAUUGACUUCCAGAAUGCAGUACCUUUUGCCGUUACUUUUGGUAGUUUUAACAAUACAAACAUCAACCGCACCUCCAGUUACGCAACAAAAGAAGGAUGGAGAACAUAAAGACAAUGAGAACGAGGUCGAGGAGAUCGAGGAGGCAAACGCUUUGGAAUAUCAUAGAUACUUGAAGGAAGUUGUUGAAGCUUUAGAAAGUGAUGCGGACUUUCGAUCAAAGUUGGAGAAAGCUGACGAAAAGGACAUACGUACGGGCAAGAUAGCGCACGAGCUGCAAUUCGUCGAUCACAAGAUCAGAACAAAGCUAGACGAAUUGAAACGAGAAGAGUUAGAAAGACUGAGACAUCUUGCUACCAAGGAACAUAAUUUGAUGAACGGGUUGGAUCUUGAUCAUUUGAAGAUUGCUGAGCAUUUGGAUCAUUCCAACUCGCACACGUUUGAGAUAGAUGAUUUAAAGAAGUUGAUUGCCAAGACUACCAAGGAUCUGGAGGAAGCUGACAAACGAAGACGUCAGGAGUUCAAGGAAUACGAAAUGCGAAAGAAGUUCGAGGAAGAGCAAAAGAUGAAGGGUAAUACCGGUAUGAAGGAGGAAGAGAGGAAAAAAUACGAAGAAGAGUUAGAAGAGAUGAAGAAAAAGCACAAGGAUCACAAACCUUUGCAUCAUCCUGGUAGUAAGCAACAAUUGGAAGAAGUAUGGGAAAAGCAGGAUCAUAUGGAAAGUCAAGAAUUCGAUCCUAGAACGUUCUUCUUUCUUCACGAUCUGGAUGGCAAUGGGUUUUGGGAUCAGGACGAAGUGAAAGCUCUGUUUCUAAAGGAAUUAGAUAAACUUUACUCCGAAGGAGCUCCCGAAGACGAUAUUUAUGAGAGACGCGAAGAAAUGGAGAGAAUGAGGGAACACGUGUUUAAAGAAGCUGAUCUUAAUCAUGACGGUCUUAUAAGUUAUGAAGAGUUUUUGGAACAGACAAAAAAACCAGAUUUCACCCAAGAUGAAGGAUGGCAAGGAUUGGAUGAACAACAAAUUUAUACUCAGCAAGAGUACGACGCUUACAUACAGCGCAGGCAAGAAGAAAUACACAAAAUGAAAAUCGCCAAAGGAAUGUUACCACCAUCCCAUGAAACUGCACAUCUACCUGUCCAACACGAACAGUUCCCACCGUAUCAGCAACCGAUACAGCCGCAACAAUUUCAGCAGCAAGUACAUCCUCAACAACAGUAUCCAGGACAGAUACCGCAACAACCAGUAGUCGGUCAUGUACCGCAGCAAUAUCUGGGUCAAGUGCCACAGCAACACGUUUAUCAACCUCAAGUUCCAUCACAGCAACCUCAUCCCGGGCAAAUUCCACAACAGCAGUAUCAGCAGCCGCAACAAAUGCAGCAACAGCAAAUGCAGCAACAACAGCUACAUCAGCAGUUCCAAGCUCAGGCUCAACUACAAUAUCAAAACCAGCCUCAGCACACUCAGCAACAGUUCCAAGGCCAGCCUCAGCACGCUCAGCAACAGUUCCAAGGCCAACCUCAGCAAGUUCAGCAACAAGCGCAACAACAACAACUAACGCAGAAUCAAGUUCCACAGAAUACUCAGAAUAACAUUUCAUCGAAUGGUCAGGGAAGUGUACAAAAUAGCCAGAAUCUUCCACAGCAACAAGAUCCGAAGUCUUCUCAGAAACAAAUUAACCAAAAUAUUAUACCAGAAGUACAGAAGGUAUAAAUAACGUCAGCCGGAAUAAUUAGUAUAAUUAUUUCUGCAUUUCUUUGCAGACUGUUAAUUGAACUAUUAAUUGAAAAUAAAAUAACUUUCUUGAAUGGGUUUUCGCAUGUGAAGAGUACGAAUACGAACAUGUAAGGUUUUCUUUAAAGUUUCAUAUUAGAAAAGAAUCAUUUUCUAUGUGAGCUGAAAAGUUUUUUUUCAUUUCUUAUAAAACUCGUGCAACAAAUAAGUGCGAUCAAAAGAUUUUUUAGAUUAUUAGAACAUAUUUAAUUCAAUAUACUUAAUAAUUUUACGUGUAAGAUUGCUGAUUAUUUUCACAAAAAUGUUUUUCUUUUUUAAAGUUAAAAGAUAAGAGUCAUUUAUAUGUACGAAAUCAUCUGCUGAAUAUUAUUGUUUAUAAAUAAAAUGUUUUCCGAAAAUUA